AUGGACAUCCUUCAAAUUGAUCAAUUGGUUAAUAGCGCCCCAGUUUGGACAAAAGCUCAAGAUCGAACUUUAAAAGGACCCUUCAACUAUUUACUAUCGAAUCCCGGCCACGAUUUUCGCACUGGACUCAUUGAGACCUUCAAUGGUUUUUACGAGCUUUCCCAGCAGAAGGUCUCGACUAUCGUCCGACUAGUGGAGAUCUUACAUACUUCGAGCUUACUAAUAGAUGAUAUUGAGGACAGCUCUGAAUGGAGGCGAGGGAGAAAGGCGGCUCAUUUGGAGUACGGAAUGCCCAUGACCAUCAACACAGCAAACUAUAUGUACUUCUACGCAAUGGAAUGUGUUCAAGAACUCAGCGAAAAUUCAGUACCGAGUCUCCUGAGUGAAGUCUUGAUCAUCUUCAAUGAAGAAAUGAUGAACUUGCACAGAGGCCAAGGGUUGGACAUCUACUGGAGAGACAACUUUAUUGUGCCCAGUGAGGAAGAGUAUUUAAACAUGGUUAUGAACAAGACAGGCGGUCUUUUCAGACUAACAGUGCGUCUCAUGGAGGUAUUUUCAACCAAGUUUUCCGGCGAAAACUCACUUGUGCCGCUCAGCAACCUUUUGGGCAUUCUCUACCAGAUAAGGGACGACUAUAUGAACCUCCAGGAUGCCACAAUGAUCUUGAAUAAAGGGUUUGCUGAAGACGUAUCCGAAGGAAAGCUGUCCUUCCCAAUAAUACAUGGUAUAAGACACGGUCAAAGCGUUGGAGACACUUUGGUUGCAGAUAUCCUUCGCGCGAGAACGCAGGACGUGAAUCUCAAAAAGAAGCUUGUCACCUACUUAGAAGAAACCAGUGGCUCUAUUGACUACUCCUAUCAAAAAAUUACACAGCUGAGUGAUCAUAUCCGGGUUCGGUACUUUCCCUCACUUGAAGAUCGUGGUUACGAAACAGCAGCCCUUUCAAAAAUUAUUGAGCGUUUAGGGGCAGUGAAGGGAAAAUGA